AAGAUUGAGAAAACAAUUCGAUGUGACCGUUACACACACAAAAAAUAAAUAAAUAAAUAAAUACUUUAAAAUAUAUACACAAAACCAAACAAACAGACCUCGUCAAUGAAAUCUUUAGUGACAGAGAAGAAAGUUAGAGUUAGCAAUGGCGGAAGAGCUAAUGCAGCAACUGAGGUCGAAAGCCACAGAGCUUUUACUCAGAGAGGAAUGGAAGGAGUCCGUACAAACCUACUCUCAAUUCAUCUCUCUCUGCCAAGUCCAGCUUCAAAAGGCUCGUGAUCUUCAACCCAAUCCAGAUAACCUCUCCAAGCUAGACAAAUCCCUCUGUCUAGCCCUUUCGAACAGAGCCGAAGCUCGUUUCAGACUUCGAGAAUUCGCAGAAGCUUUGAGAGAUUGCGAUGAAGCGUUGAGAAUCGAGAGUGCCCAUUUCAAGACUCUUCUCUGUAAAGGGAAAAUCUUGAUGAACCUCAACAGAUAUGCCAUGGCGUUGGGCUGUUUUAAAACAGCUCUGGUCGAUUCUCAGUCAUGUGGCUCCGAGAGCCUUAAUGGGUACGUGGAAAAGUGCAAGAAGCUGGAGUUUCUAUGGAGGACCGGUGCUUUUGAUAUCUCUGGGUGGGUCAUGAAUCGGUUCCAAGGAAAGUUUCCGGAGCUCUCCGAGUACAUUGGCCCUGUUGAUUUGAGGAAAUCGGAGAUUAGCGGGAGAGGGCUAUUUGCUACCAAGAACAUUGAUGCAGGGACUCUGCUAUUUUCGACGAAAGCAGUCGCCAUUGAGAGGAGUAUAUUGGGAGGAGAAGUGCCCAAUGAGAAUGCCCAAUUGGUCAUGUGGAAGAAUUUCAUCGACCAAGUCAACAAUUCCACUUGUAAGUGUCCCAAAACCCUCAAUAUGAUCGGAAAGUUAUCAUCCGGAGAAGAAGAGUGUAGUCUUGAAGUUCCUGAUAUAGGCCUAUUUAGUCCUGAGGCUGAGGAUAACAGCACAAGCUUAUGUUUUGAAAAGCUUGAUACUAACAGGGUUAUAAGUAUCUUGGAUGUGAAUUCUCUUGUUGAAAAUGGAGUUUCGGGUAAGGUUUUGGGGAAGAACGGUGACUAUUAUGGUAUUGGGUUAUGGGUUUUGGCUUGUUUCAUCAACCAUUCAUGUGUUCCCAAUGCUAGGCGAGUACAUGUUGGAGACUAUGUAUUGGUUCAUGCCUCUAGAGAUUUAAAGGCAGGUGAGGAAAUCACAUUUGCUUAUUUUGAUGUGCUUUCUCCACUGGGAAAAAGAAAGGAGAUGUGUAAGAGUUGGGGUUUCGAUUGUGCUUGCAAGAGGUGUAAAUUCGAGGAAGAGAUUUCGCCAAGGCAAGAAAUGAGAGAGGUUGAGAUUGGAGUGGAGAGAGGAAUGGAAGCUGGGGGUGUCGUUUUUAGGUUAGAGGAGGGAAUGAAAAGAAUGAUGGUGAGGGGCAAAGCGAAAGGCUAUUUGAGGUCAUCUUUUUGGGCUGCCUUUUUUGAUGCUUAUAGCUCUGAAAAAUCUGUGAAAAGAUGGGGGCGGAGGAUUCCUCCGGUGGACUCGGUGGUGGAUAGUGUUGUGGAAGUGGUGGGAAGUGAUGAGAGGGUGCUAAAGAUUUUGUUGGGAAGAUUGAAUAAGAGUGGUGGGGUGGUGGAGACUGAAAAAGCUUUCAAAGUGGGAAGAGGACUGUAUGGGAAAGUAGUGAAGAAGCAAGCUAUGAAGACUCUUUUAGAUGGCCUUUCUUCUUAUUCAUGAUUCAUGAACAAAAACCAAAGCUAUUGGCUAAAUAGCUACGAUCCAAUUUUACGACUUUUUCCUUUUUCUUUUACUAUAGUUUCACAUUGUUCAUUAUUCUAGAACACAAUGUGUUUGUGUUUGUUUGCUAUAAUGAAAGCCUCAUGAUUUGUGGUGCAAA